AGCGAUUGUUGAAACGUUAGCUCGGUGAAAUGCUCCGUGCACAUGAACAUCAGUUUCACAGUUGUCACCAGUGGACUCCAUCCACACACGUGUGAACCUUUCAGCACGUGAGGCUCGAAGGUGCUCCGGGCCGUGGGGGUCGCAGAUGUUUGCGGUUAGUUGACGGUAAUGCUGCAUUCGUUUAGCAUGAGCUAAGAGCUCAUGUUAGCUAACUAGGUGACGAUUUGAGUUGAUAUGUCGGUAAUCGGUGUCAGUAAGUAGGUCGAUGGGCAUGGGUCCAGCCUUUUAACCUUUGUAAUUGAAUGAUAAGCUGUUUAUGACCGGAAAUAUCAACGCCAGCAUGCGGAUGUGUUGCUGGACAGAGACUGCUCUGUGAUAAUGGUGAACAGCCUGACGGUCAACGACCUGUGCUAGCGUUAGCGUUUUCCAAGCACACAUCCUCUCUCUUAUUGUUUUUUAAACUGCUUUCCACGAUCACACGGAUUCUGUUUGAAAACGCGGGACCUGUCGCUCCACCAUGUCGGACCUGGACACCCUCAUUGUGACCUUCCAGACCCAGCUGUCGGAUGUGAUGGAGACCGUGGUGAAGACAGCCAUGUAUGAGGUCACCAGGCUGGUGGAGGACGGAUUCCUGGAGGAGGUGCAGCGCAGGAACCAGGAGGUGGAGUCCCUGAGGAGGCAGCUGCAGUGGGCUGAGAGGAAGUUAAGUGACCGAGGCGGUAGAGAGGAAGGGGGGAUUGGAAGCUGUGUCCACUGUGCCAAGGAUAAUGUGGACCUGUCCAGUGACUGUGCAGAGGAUGGAUCCAGAGGACAGAGGGAUGACAUUUUAGAGGCCUGUGGUGUGAAAGCAGAGGGUGGCUCUCUGGAGCAGUGGGCUGUAAACCACACACAGGAAUUUCUGCCAGAGUCAACACAGGCAGCAGACACCCCUACAUCCACACACAGCCCCAAGGGGGAAUCACAGAUAAUCGAAGAUGAAGAUGUGUUGUCAGCGGUGCAUGUGCAGGAAGAAGUCAAUAAGGCGUCUUUUUCUUCUAAACAUUGGAGUGGCCACCUUGAUGGUAAAGCUGGACCUGAAUCUCACAGCGCUCCUGAGAAGACUGAGGCACAAACCAGACAGACUCAAGAGAACAGUGAGGAGUUACUGAGGGACAUUAUUAAACAAGACCAACAGACGCCUGCUGCGUACGUCUUUCCUGAAGACCAGGAGGAAACACGCCUGACUACAGAUCCAUCAGUAGAUGUGGACAGUGGUUGGACUGGCCUUACUGUCACAGCAGCUGGCCUGCUGCGCAAUCAAAGCCCUGCAACAGAAAAAGAUUGCGAUCCAUCCAAAAUUAGAGGUCCUCUAAAGCAAACAGAACCCGAGCUGUCCAGCUCUGUCUCAGCAGAGGUUGAUGCUGUCGAUAGUGCAACUAGGGAUCCGAUUUCAUCCUCAGCACCCCCCAAGGCAAGACUGAGGCACAGUGAUGGGCUGGGUGUGACUAUCAAGCAGGAGGUUAUAGUUGAUGCUUAUGGCUGUGUGGAGAACCGUUCUAAAGACAAGAAAAUGACAAAGUCUGGGAUGGCAUCUUUUCCAUGUUUAGUAAAACAGCACAGGUUGAAUUCAGAGGCACUUAAGCAGAACCACAUUUCCCACAAAGCCACUGUGCAAGAAGUUAUGAAGUUUCAUUCCAAAGUGGGUUCAGGUCUCAGAUUGCAAGCUGCCAUACAGCACCUCCACCGCCCGAUGAAAAAGCCCCCUCACACACUCUCCACCAGUGUCAGCUCAGCUCUGUCUACCGCACACUCUCAGGUUGUGAACUUGAACCCCCUCAACAGAACUGCGUCCACAUCUAAAGUUGCGCUGCCUCCUCCACUCUCAAUCCAGCGAGCUCACCUGGGCGACAGACAAGCACAUCACCGAACCAGUGCUCCGUGGGUCAGCAUCAAAACGCAUCAGUCUGCAAACUCCCAUCACAGCCACCCCUCACCCCACACAGACUCUCACGCUGGCCCCAGGCACCUCCUGCGCUGUGGCCAGUGUGGGAAAUGCUUUCCCCACCCCAGCAACCUCAAGGCCCACUUGCAGACUCACACAGGUGAGCGGCCUUUCUGCUGCUCCCUCUGCGGUCGCAGCUUCACCAAACUGAGCAACCUCAAGGCCCACAGACGGGUCCACACCGGAGAGAGACCGUACUGCUGCUUAGCUUGUGGCAAACGCUUCACCCAGAAAUGUAACCUGAAACGCCACCAGAGGAUCCAUGUGGAUGUAUGAUGGCAGUGAUAAAAAGACAACUUUGAUGUGUUAGUUUCUUUAGAUCAGGAUGCUACAGUGUUGCCUUUGUAGUGUUUGAGAUCACAAAAAUGCUUCUUGUGUACUCAUUUCUCCCAAGUGAUUGUCCCCAGUUCUUUUGUGCAUUUCAGAAGGUUCAUCUAGUAACUUGUCGUUGUGCUAUUGAAGGACGGAAAGCAGUGUGUUGUAAAUUAUUACAGAGGUCAAUUGUCACUUGGUCAAUAAAUAUUUAUUCUGUUAA